AUUUUUGUUUUAAUUAACUAACUCCUCUGUCACAAACAACCAUCAAAUAAUAACGAUACCACACCAUCAUAAACCAUACCCACCACCCCUUUCCCUCAGCUUCUCUUCAAAUUCAAUGAUUCUUGUGUCGUGAAGGGGCGUUGUUGAAUGGUGAAGUAGGACAAAUACAAGACACGGUCACACAGAGAGAAAGAGAGAGAGAGCAGAAAACCAGAAGAGAAAAUGGCAGUGACAAGUCAAUAAGUAGAGAUCAGAAGAAACAAGACACCCUUUUGAGCUUAACUAGCUUUCAUGCAUAAACAAGGACACCUUUUUCUUCCCUUGGCACCAUGGCUUACCCACAUUACCGAUCACAGUUCGGAGACACAACGUUCACUAAGGUCUUCGUUGGAGGCCUAGCUUGGGAGACUCCAACCGAAGAAAUGCGCAAAUAUUUUGAGCAGUUUGGUGAGAUUCUUGAAGCUGUCAUUAUCACUGAUAAGAACACAGGAAAAUCUAAAGGCUACGGAUUCGUAACAUUCCGUGAUCCAGAAUCAGCUAGAAGGGCAUGUGCUGAUCCAAACCCAGUGAUAGAUGGAAGAAGAGCAAAUUGUAACAUUGCUUCUCUCGGAAGACCUAGACCAUCACCACCAAGAGGAAGAGGUACAUUCCAAGGAGGAGCACCGGGAACAGCUUCAUACAGUGGUGUGCCGGGGGCAGGAGCACCGGCACUAGCACCGCCGCCGCCGCCACCACCUCCACCGCUGGUGUACCCGCCAUAUGGCUACCCUACCUACACCCCUGAUUAUGGGUACCAUCAAGCCACAUUGUAUAACCCACAAAUUCAGCAACCACAAUACUACCAACAACUCUAUGGACCAUCCUCCUCCACCAUGGGUUCCCCGUAUUACUAUGGAUAUUCUGUGCAAGCACCAAGAACUACCUUUUCCACACCCCAACCACAUCGCAUACCAGCUGGACCCUCUUAUCUAUACUACCCUACACCAAUGGAACCCUCAUUUUCUGCAUAUCGUCCACCACCUCAGUUGCAACAACUUCCAAUAAGGCAACCCCCUCCUUCCCCUAGUGACUCACAGACUCAGCAACGUACCACGUCCGAGGCAGCAGGUGGAGUAGUUAUAACUUCAGAAAGUUCAAAUACCCAAGGGAGGAACUGAUAAAUAUAUAUAGCUGCUAAGUUUCAACUGUAUAAUCUUCAAAUUAAAUUUUAUCACAUUAAUUCUUGAUCUUUUUCCACAUGAUCAUAUCUUCAUUUUUUUGGUCCACAUGCUGUAGCUUUUAGGAAAUAAUGGUUCGAAUCAGAUUAGUUGUGUUCCCCACAGCCAUGGCAUUCAAAAGUUGGACUAAUCUACUUCAUGGAGAUUGUCUUCAUUUCUCUUUUCCUUCUUUUCAA